GUCUGGGGCGAAGGAAGUCUGGGAGUCCCUGCUUAGACUGCUGCCCCCGCGACCCGGCCCCGGAUAAGCGGAAGAAGAUGGAUGGAUGGAUGGAUGGUUAGGAAGAGCUUGCGUGAGGCAAUAAUUUUGUGAAAAUGUGAACUAAAAAAAUAAAUGAUUAAAGUUUUGAAGCUGAAUAAAUGUCCAGAUAUCCGUUGAUGAAUGUCUACAUGCAGCAUCUCUUGCAACUCCUGUGCAGAUUGUGUGAAGAUCAAGGAAUGAGGGCGUCAGAUUUUCCUCUGUAAUACCAUCACCCUAAAGACAGUUUGAAAUCGGCGCGUGAAUCUCCUCACACACAGAGUAAAUGAAACCAUACAGCUUCCUAAGGCAAUUCUCAAUCAUCUAUACAUCCUGUGUCCCUAAAAGGAUCAAUGUUUCCUGCUCUUUCUGAAGUCCCUUUGUAUGAAGACAGAUCAAGAAAUGUCUCUUUUAUGGUCUUAAGGCAUAUUGAAAAAAGAUUAUACUUUAAAGUUUCACAAUAUCAUAAUAGGAAAUGUAUGUAUGCACAUGUGUUGGCAGGCCAGAGCCGGCACCCUGUUGAUAUAGACUGUUUGAUCAUUGCAUGGGGGGUGACUCGCAUAUCCUCACUGACCAGCCGCUCUGAUAAUGUUACGGAACAGACCAACCCGGAGACACAGGUAAGGUGAUUUCGAGGGUUUAUUGAUUACAGAGAUAAUUAGAGAGUUUGUAAGAGCAGAGAAGAUACCGUCCCUUGGAUCACUGAUGGGAGUGAAGUACAGGAGCUGGAUAGCUGCACACGAGGUGACGGGAACUGGAGUAACACACACUGGAGACGGAAGACACUCCGGAGCCGGGUGAGCACUGUUACCCACAGGAGACUGGAAUCGAGUAGAAGGUUAGUAGCUCUGGAUGACUGAGAACCAGGAAUAGCGUCGUAGUAGAGUCCGUGGUAAACUGAAGGUAGGAGGCGUAGCUCUGUCCUUCUAGCGAACGAGACCGGACACUGACUGAGGUGAGGAGCUGGGUAUAUAUAGGGAGUAGAGUGGCUGAUUAUGUGCAGGUGUGCGAUGGGUGACAGGUGCUGGGAAUUAAUAAUCAGGUGAGGGAGUGCAGAGUGAAGGGGAGCCUGAAGUGCGAAGUGACAGGACGAGAACAAGACAGACUGUGACAGAUAACACCCGGGAAUGGAAUGCAGCGGCCUGUGAAGAUCAAGAAGAAUGGAGGAAGUGUGAACUUUAGGCAUUUACAUAGUAUUGUGUACCAGGAGGAGCUCAGGUCAUAUAACCAACUGCUUCAGAUAUAGCAGGUACAGCGUGUGGAGAGGUCUCUGUGCUGUGUCACCAGAUAUAUCUGUAUUGGGGGAUAUAAAUACUAGUUAAAGACGACGCAGAGAAUAGGACUUCUGAAUCUGACAACGGAGAAUGGCUCAAGCAUCCGUGACUCUAAACGGAGGGCUGAACCUUCAAGCAGAGGAGUCUGAGUCAUCAACUGAUACCUCAACAUCCGAGACCUCAUCUGAUACUGACUCCUCAUCUGUGCUUUCAGAGGACGUGGUAUUACCCGAUCUGUGGGGCGAUUUGGACCAAUAUUUCCAAGAAGGUUUAUCGCCAUCAUCACAGCCACAGGAUGACACAACGGGGCAUGCCUCAGACGGUCAAAACAUUAUACAUUCUUUAGAGGCUGCCCGGUUAACCGGAAGAGAUCCAGGUGAUGUGAUACCGCAUCAGAAUUUUGAAGAACAACCGCCAUUUCACGGAGAGUCUGUCUCAACCGUUAAUCAACCGCUGAUGGCCGCGGAGAGGUCUAGGCCUCAACCAGCGGACAGAGAUCCAGGAUUCUCAUCGGGUCGCAACAACAGGAGAACCAGUUCUGAGAAUCCACACCUGAGAUCCUGCGGGGCUUCCAGCGAAGGAUUUCCAUCGGCACGCUCAAACAGACCCAGGUCCAGACCAUCCAGGUGUCCUCAGUGCUUUAGAACUACACGCCAGCAAUUGGAGCUGAUGUCUAGAGCCCUUUGGCUCAUCUGUCAGAAGUUAGGUGAUCCCACACACCCGUCACACAGCUUCUUCAGUCUGCUGCCAUCAGGGAGGAGACUGCUGAGUCUCCAGGCCAGGACCAACAGACUGAAGGACAGCUUCAUCCAUCAGGCUGUCAGGAAGCUGAACUCGCUCCCAAACUUGCCCCCCCGUCCCUCUUCUGCCCCAGGCACCACUGAACUAUGAACCCCCCCCCGAUCCCACAUCCCCAGGACCUUCCACUGACAUACGAUGUCAUGCACCAGUCACUUUGUGUAGCAUUGGUCUGCUCACUACCUCAUUCACCAUGGAACUGACGCCAUUCUACAACCUCAGUCAGUUUAAUUAAAAUAAGCUCUUUGUCACCUUGUUUGUUCACUGGUUUGCACUUUAUCUGCCAUGUGCCUUGCGCUGCUUUUAGUCAACCUAUUUUUAUUUUAUUUUAUUUUUUUAUUAUGUCUCUUUUUUGUAUUCCCUUACUGUAUAGUUUUAGCUUAUAUUUUAUAUUUGAUCUAGAUUUUAGGCUCUACUGUUAGUGUUAUCUGUAUGCACCGGGGGUCUGAGAGUAACGCAAUUUCGAUUCUCUGUAUGUAUGUAAUGUACGUGUGGAAGAAUUGACAAUAAAGCAGACUUGACUUGACAAAAUCUCCAGAAUGCGUUGGGUUUUCAAAAUGAUUUAACUGAAAAUGAUUUGAAUGAAAAACGACACAGCCGCUACAUCUAACAGCUCCGAACAGCCUGUAGAUCCUCUCCUUGGUUUAAAUCAAGCUCUCGCUAACCUUGAACAGUUAGAGAAUGAAUCAUCACUAGACGAAACAAUCAGAAUAAAUAAUGUCCAGCUCGAACAAAGUCCCACUUUAUCAGACCCUCAGACACCUCCAAACUACAUCGAUCUCAGUAUACCCAGUCCUCCUGUGCAGCAAGGAGGUGCUCGUAUUUCCCCACAACCACACGUUGUGCGGCGAAGC